AUGGCAUAUCGCAGCGAGGUUUGGCGGGUUUUUGCGACUGCCGCAAUAUGGCAGCGACCCGCCACACACAAAAUUGUGGAGGCUUAAUUUUGCGACGUUGCGGCGACCUGCCUGCUAGUCGCCUAUUCCCAUUUUUUCGCAAUGGAGCGCAUUUUCUUUGCCAAACUCGUCAUUUUCGUUUUCCAAAGUUCCCAAAAUUUCAAAAAGAGUGGCGUUUUAUCUGUAAAACAGCUUCUUCUUUUUGGUUUCUUUGAUUUAUAUUGUUUUUUCGUGACGAUUUUUCGUGCCAUUCUCGCCGAAUGAAAACAUUUUGAAGAAUCUUCAAGCUGUGAGCGAACGAUCGGAUUGUGAAGAAGCCGAAAAACAGAAUUUGAAUCGAGUAAGUUCAUUGAAUUCAAUUCGUGGAAUUCCAAUUUACCGUGACAAUCAAGUUAAAAUAUUGCAGAAACUACAACACGAUCUUCAACAUUCCAUGAUUUUGGCAAUCAUCCUGGUUUUAGAAAUGUGAUUUUGGCGACCAUGAAGGUUCUGAAGAAGCUUGCGUUGGUAUGUUUGUUCCAGUAAAAUCAUCCUACAAUGAAAAUUUGUUUUAGAAUCCAUGUCCUUAGAACAUCGAUGAAUGUUUAUGAUGUCAACAUGAGAUUGGUGUGACUAUAACAUCCAAAACAUCAAGAGAGAAGAGUCGCCGAAAGUUGCGCAAGAAACACCGGAAAAUGGCGAUUUGUCAUUGUCGGGAAACGAGUUGGCGGACAGAGUGGAACCGACACCGGUUCAUACUAAGGUAGGGGGAUUUUGGGGUGAAAUUGGACUAAAAUUGGGAAUCUCGCCCUAAAAUUAGCGGAAAAUCCGUGAAAAACGGGAUCUCUAGCUGAAAAUUGACGAUUUUUCGUGGUUCAACCUGGAAAUCUAGAGAUUUGGCCGAAAAUCGCGAUUAUUGAACUCUUCAGCUUGAAAAUUAUCAAAAUUUUCGAUUCUAAUUAUCGAACUUAUCGACGAAUUUAAACUUGAAUUAUUGCAGAAACUACAACAAGGUCUUCUUUUGGCGAACACCUUGGUUUUGGAGGAAACUGGCUGA